UGUGGGUUGGAUCUUGUACUUAUGGAACUGUCACAUCUGAGCAUUUUGAUUCUCUUCUGAUCAUCAGCACCACCUGGUUAAAAAGCUAGCAACUUGGUGAUCUGAAUUUUGUCCCUUUCUCUUCUCUCUUUGGGAGCAUGAUGAUGGAAUGAAUGCUUGGUGAUUUGAGGCAUGUGACAUAGUUUGUUGGGUAUAUGUGGUUAGUUUCUGGGUCAGAUUCACAUCACAUCAUUAUUCCAUGGAGGGUAGGAAGUUUGUGUGCAAGUAUUGCAGCAAGAGGUUUCCUUGCGGGAAGUCUCUGGGGGGUCACAUCAGGACCCACAUGACUGAAGAAAGGAGCAAUGCUGAUGGUGACAACAUGUUCACCAAGUUUGAUGGUGUGAGGAAGAAGAGAGAUUUAUGGUGUGAAGAUGUUGUUUAUGGCCUCAGAGAGAACCCCAAGAAAACAAUGAGGUUUGUGCAUUCUGGUGGUGCCAGUGCCAGUGCCAGUGCCAGUGCCAGCUGUGAACAACAGGAAGAGAGGUUCUGCAAAGAAUGUGGGAAAGGCUUUCCAUCUCUGAAGGCUCUCUGUGGCCACAUGGCUUGUCACUCUGAGAAAGAGAAGAGAACCAUCAAGUUUGAAGAGAGUGAGAAGAAGCUGAAAUUGGUUAUGGAUAGUCACUCUGACACUGAGACUUGUGCUCCUUCGCAUCCAAGGAGAUCCAAGAGAAUGAAGGUGAAGACCAUUAACCUUUCCAAUCACCCUUUUGCUUCUCCUUCUUCUUCUCUUGUUCCUUUGGAAAAUGGCUCUUCACCUGUGUCUGAGGUGGAGCAAGAGCAGGAAGAGGUGGCUAGGUGUUUGAUGCUGCUGUCUAGAGAUUCUACCUUCAAGGGUCGUUUUGCUUCGGUUACUGAAUCUUCUGAUAACAACUCGGUUAUUCUAGAAGCAAAAUCCUCCUCUCUUGAUACCGGGGUUGGUGUCACCAAUGGUAAUAACAACAACCACUUUGUCUCUAAUAAUGCUUGUGAUCUCUUGGAGAAGAAGUUGCUUAAGGUUAAGGAUGUCAAGUUAAAGUCUGCUGCUGAGUUUGGUGCUUCUGAUAAUUCAGGUUCUAGAUGUUUCAGAUAUGGUUCUCAAACUAAAAUGGUAAAUUCUGAUGUUUCAAAUGAUGAAUUUAAGGGGUCCAAGAUGGGGGACAAGUCUCGGUUUUUUGAGGACUAUGAUGUUGAAUCAAGGAAGAUAGUGAACAGAGGUAGAAGCAAAUACACUGCUGCUACUGUGGUUAAGAAAUUAGUGAUGGAGAAUUUGGAUUAUGAUAGAACAGGUGGAACUACAAGGAAGUUUGAUUCUCUUGGUCACAAUCUAGUUGGAGUUUCUAGCAAGAAGAUAGCAAAUGGUUUUGACAAUAAAGUAUAUGAGAAUGACAGAAAGGAUGGGAAGUAUAAGUGUUCGGAGGGUGAAAUGGACAAUGGUUCUUAUGAUUCAAUGGAUGGCAGUGAUGAAAAUAGUUCAGAGAGUGAUUCUUUUCCUACUCCCAGGUCUCACAAUAGUAAGGCUCUGAAUGGAAAGAAGAAGUUUAACAAGGCCAAGAAGAAGUUGAAGUCAAAGAAAACCAAGGAUCACGAGUGUCCAAUUUGCUACAGAAUUUUCAAGUCAGGCCAAGCCUUGGGAGGUCACAAAAGAUCACAUUUCAUCGGAGGUUCUGAGGAAAACACUUUAGUGAUCAAACAAGCUGCUCCUGUUGUUCCUUGCCUCAUUGAUCUCAAUCUACCUGCUCCUGUUGAUGAAUAGGGACAUGGGUUUUGCAUCACUUUGAAGCAUCUGCUGCUGAGGUACUUGAAUGAAUGUCUCAAAUUCUUAGAAUGUUUUGUCUUUAUCCCAUAUGAUAGAAAAACAAUUGCAAUGUACAGCCAUGUGGGUAAAUGAUUUUUUGUUCUUAAUGUUUUACUAUGCUUUAUUUGGUAGGAGGUAGUUUUCUUUCAUAUAAAUGGAACAUGACAAUUUGGUAUUCAAAUA